AAAUUGUUCAGGAAACAAGGGAGACAUUAAACUUUCGUUGCAGUAAUUAAGCUGAAAGUAUGUAUGCAGAGAGUCGCCGGCGCAGCAUCAGGCUGUAGCCGGCGGCGGGAGGCGAGACCGCAUUCCGCGCCGAACCUCCGCGCGCGACGCCCGUGUCGCGACGCUCGCAGUACCGCGCGCGAACGAUCGAUACUCUGGUAUACACGCUGUGCUUGUGACGUUACUCUUGAUUUCUGUGCAAUGUGUUAUGGAGCUUAUUUAUGUGUGAUUGGCCCUCUGAGGGUUCUGUAAUCAGUGUUCACUUAUUUUGGAAGUAAACUACCAGGGUCAUGUUGAAGCACGUGGCGGUGUCGCCGCACCGCGCGCGCGCCGACUCCGUGAGCCUGGCGUCGUCCGCCUCGUGCUGCAGCCUCGGCAGUCUCGAGCACCGCCACGACUCCGUCACCGAUCUGUCGCACAGAACGACGACGAUAAAAGUGUACGCGCGUUGCCUCCGACCGGACAUCGAGUACAAGACGCUGUCGGUGACAUGGGGCACCCGCGCUCAGGAGGUGGUGGCGACGCUGCUGGGGAAGUUCCGCAUGCGGCACCGCGACCCGAGGCUGUUCUACCUCAGCAUGGAGGUGCGCGUCAGGGCCGCGGGGCUCCGGACCACGCUCGUCCUGGAUGAUGAUGCCAGGCCUGCCGCGCUGCAGGCGUGCCAUCCCAAAGGAUAUUCAAAGUUUUCCCUGCAGAUGCUCCCAGGCGGCUUGAUAAAGAUCUACGACUCUGCGCUGAUGUCCUCGUCGCAGUACAAGUGCCUGCUGACGAGCGAGAGGACCACCGCGGACGAGGUGCUGGCCAUCCUGCUGCACUGCUACGACUCCACUGAGGGUGUCGAGAGGUUCUCGCUCUAUGAGGUGAGUCCAUCUCAGGAGUACGAGCGAAAGUUACACCCCGACGACCUCCCGCUGAUGGUGCAGCGCUCGUGGGCGUCGGACAGCGACUGCCACUUCCGCGUGCGCCGCAACCCGCGCGCGCCGCCCCUGCCGCCGCGCGCGCUGCCGCCGCCGGAGCGCGUGGCGGUGGACGACGACGAGCCCGAGCGAGCUCUCUCGGCCCUCUCGCUGGAAGCCGAAGGCGAGAAGAGAAGAUACAGCCCCGUCUACAAGUUCCCCAGCAUCAGCUACUGUAGGGAAACCAAAAAUGACUACCUAUACAUCUGACUAGCCGUGAACUUAGCCAGGUUCAGACGAUUACGGCGCCGCGCCAGAGGCAUCAAGCGCCCAGAAGGAAUAGUGAGAAAGCGACUCUUGUGAAGUGUACAUACAGUUCAGUUUCGUGUAAAGUGUAAAUAAUGGAUUAUGGAUUGUCGAGGUAUUUUGGUGUAAGCUAAGAACCCAGUCUGAUGAAAUGAAUUGUUGUUAAGUUUUGGUAUCCAAAAUGUAACCAGAAGAACCGAAAUGUGUUCACAGAAUUACACAUUAGGUUGAAUAGACUACAGCUUUUGGAGACAAGUUUUGAUAAACGAUUGAUGUUGGAAUAUGAAUCUCCUUUCAUUUGAAUCAGGGUUCUCAGUGAGUGUGAAACCAAAGAGUUGUUGCAAUAUGCUUGUAAUUAACGUAAUGAGGCAGUUAGUUAAGUCACAGGAGGACCUAGAACGUUCUCAGUAUUCAGGUGUGGGGGGAGCGGAGACAGCUGGUGGGGUUGUAAUACGUUGCGAAAAGUCACAGAUCAUGUAAAUUCCAGAGUGUCAUACCGUUCAUUAGACAUUACUGAAGCAAUUAUUAACAAAUCUAAUAUUUUGGGAUAUUGGGUAAACGAGUUUUUACUUAGUUUUGCUACCAUGUGAAAAUCUCGUGGGUUAUAGCUGAAUAUGAGCUAGACGAUCAGAGUUGUGUAUAGAUAUAGAAGAUAUGACCUAGUUAAUACUGUAGAUAGCAGGUUUGUACUGUUUUUGAAAUAGAACAAUAAUCUGAAAUGUAUGUUUAAAAUUUAAGGUAGCUUUUUCUACCAAACAAUAACUUCCUUCCAAUGUAUCGUCACAAUAAUAAAAUGUAAUUUGCAUGUAAGGUAAAAACUCUAUUUUUCUACUCAAUGUAUUUUUAUGAUUACAUUUCACCGCUAAUGGUAAUGGCAGCACUUUCGCAACGCAGUAAUCGCAAUGAAAUAGUAAGGUAACAUUUGAAUAAUCAUUACAAAGUUUGCUGAUACUCGGAUGUUCUAUGACAGUAUAUUGGAAGGUAUCAUCUCAAUGUAAACGAUGCAACUAUUAAAAUGUAAUGAGAAUGUAUAUAAUUAUUGUAUUAUUUAGCUAGUAGACACCAAAGAGGCACGCGAGCGAUAAUAUUAUGAAAAAGAAUUUGAUAUAUUUAACAACUGUUACGCAAUUUAAUGUUUAAUUUAUUUAUGAUGGCGGUAUCACAUGGCGGCCAUCUUGUCAUGUUAAACGUCAUCGAAUUUAUUUCAAACAACUGUAAUAAAAUGCGAUAUGUUUUUGAAAAUUGAAAA